CCAGCACUUGGCUCGCCGGGGCGACGGAUCACGCGCGCGGCAACCAUGCUGGCAUCAUUCAGGUGAUUGAUCGAAUCCAUAGAUGUUGUUGCAGCUGACAUACUAAAUCCUUUCGAAAUGCUUGUUCAAUCGAUUCGAAAUGCUCAUGUAUCUUCUCCAAAUGAUUGAUGAACGCGCUGGUCGACACGACGGGCGUGGACAUCCGGCUGCCGAUGCUGGUGUACGUUUCGCGCGAGAAGAGGCCCGGGUACAACCACAACAAGAAGGCCGGCGCCAUGAACGCGCUGGUCAGGACGAGUGCCAUCAUGUCGAACGGGCCCUUCAUCCUCAACCUGGACUGCGACCACUACGUGCACAACUCGGCGGCGCUCCGCGAAGGGAUGUGCUACAUGCUCGACUGCCGCGGCGACCGCGUCUGCUACGUGCAGUUCCCGCAGCGGUUCGAGGGCAUCGACCCCAACGACCGGUACGCCAACCACAACCUCGUCUUCUUCGAUGUCGCCAUGCGCGCCAUGGACGGGCUGCAGGGCCCCAUGUACGUCGGAGGCUGCAUCUUCCGCCGCAUCGCUCUGUAUGGGUUCAGCCCACCGCGCGCCACCAAGCACCACGGCUGGCUCGGCAGGAAGAUCAAGCUGUUCCUGAGGAAGCCCACCAUGGGGAAGAAGACGGACAGGGAGCUGGUCAUGGCGAUUUUGCAAAAAUAACCCCGUAUCGAGUAGUAUUCACCCUAGGAUCGACUACGUGGCGGUCAAAGCCUAGCUGGCGGCCGCUGACUCGGCCAAGUCAGCGAAUACGUAAACAAAAUCGUACAUACGGACCAAAGUGAACCCUGUGCGCAAGUAUAUGGACCGUAGUUCGGGUAUUUUGAAGUAGUGGUACCAAAGUGUCAUCCGGCUCAAGUUUUAUGACCUACAGUGAAUUUUUCUCAUCCUUAAUUUUAGGCCACCUCAUUUUGUUUCAGAGCUUCCAUAUGAAAGAGACAACAAUUAGGAACAAAAGGAAAUACUUGUAAAAAUAGAAAACCUAAUAUGUUCUU